GGCGACGAGGACUGCGACAGCGACGAUGCGGACUGCUGGGAUAUCGGCGUGGCGUGCCGGCGGACGCAGCAGCUGGAUGAGUUGCCGCCAGCAGACAAGAAAGAUGCGUUUCAGAAAGCUCUGACAAGUGGUGAUGUGUCGCUUAUUGAAGAACUCUUAAAACUCAGUAUCUUAAUUUUGACAGGUGUAAACAUAGAAGCUAGCAUUCAGUUUGGAUGGACCCCCCUGAUGCAUGCUGCCAGUGUGGCUGAUGAUGCAGUAGUACGUCUUCUUCUGGACAGAGGUGCUAAUGCAUGUUUUGAAAUAGAUAAGUACACGGUCCUGAUGGCAGCCUGUGCUGCUCAUGCUUCAGAGAAAAAGAUCUUGAAGACCGUAGAACUACUUCUGUCAAGGAAUGUUGACCCUAACCUUACUUGCAGGAAGCAAAUGACUCCACUGAUGUAUGCAGCUAGAAGAGGCUAUCCUCACGUUGUUAGUCUUCUUGUUGCUCAUGGAUCACACGUAAAUGCUCAAGAUGAAAACGGAUAUUCAGCAUUAAUAUGGGCAGCACAUCAUGGACAUAAAAAUGUAGUCUUUAUAUUGCUUGAGCUUGGAGCUGACAAAAAUCUACAGACGAAGGAUAAGAAAACAGCAGCAGAGAUAGCAAAAAUCAAUGAACAUUCAGAGAUUUAUAGUUUACUCUCUUUGACUGUAAAUCACUUGCAAGGGAAAUACUGUGGGACAGUGAAGCAGGAGACUAUGUACAAAUUUCUGACAGCUGCCUCUGCCCACAGUGUGAGUUCCUGUUCAACUUUAGAUGCCAUGGAAGUGUUUUUACAUGGUAUUGGUCUAGAACACAUAAUAGGAUUAUUGAAGGACAGAGAUGUAUACUUAUGGCAGCUUCUGACCAUGCAAAAAGAAGAGAUGAUACAGAUAGGUAUUACAAAUCCUGUAGAUCAACAGAAACUCCUAGAUGCCAUUAAUGAGCUGCAAGUGGAAGAAACAAGAUUUAGAGACCUUCCUGAAUUAGCGAAUCUGGAAGUCAGUGGAGAUGAAUGCCUCAAGUUUCUUCAGAAGUUAAAUAAAGAGUGUAGCAACCUGACUGUUCCUGUGCAGACCAUAAAUAAACACUUCCUCGAAAAUUCUCACAAGAUGGUUCUGCGGUGGGCACCAACUGAAAGAUACAUUGAAGUUUGCAGAGACUUGAUUUGCAAUGUUGAAAAGUUGGGAGAAGAAGUUAAGAGACUGAACGAAUUUGUGGCAAAGGAAGAAGAGCAGAGGAGUGACCUCAGCCUAGUGGUGUUUCCAGAAAAAUCACUCACCUUGGAAAAAAGAUUAGUAAAAAUGGGAGCAGUAACGUUACUUGGGUUUGGGUUUUUCUUUUUUAUAACUAAGUUAGCGGUAAAGAAAAGCUGACUCUUUCACUGCUGUGAAUAACUUGUGCUCAAUGUAUGUAGCAAAGCUGAAUUCACAUGAAAAUUUGUGUAGUUUCAUCAUAUCUGUCACAUUUACAUUUGGUACCUAUUUUGAUCUAGCUGUAAAAUGAUUAAACAUCAAAUCUGUUCGCUUUAAUGUAUCUUAAUGUUUUAGAUUCAAAGUUAUUUCUGGUAUAGACUAUAGGUACAAAAUCUAAUUAAAGCUGUGAUAUUUUUUUUUCCCUAAAGUUAUAGUUAUUACUUAAUGAUCACAAGUUUUUGUUUUAACUGUUGUUGUAACAACUGUUACCUGUUCAGCUGUUGUUCACAUAGGUAAACGUAAUCAAGCAAUACUGUUGUUUGUCUUGGAUGCUUGUAAGUAAAUUGGCAAUGCAGGCGUGUUUUGCUUUGUUUCUUUUUUUAAACAUUAAGUAUCAUGUGAUUUUUAUGUUGAAGAAGUUCUUUUCUCAGGCAUAGAUUCUUAUGGAAAACUUUAUGGUGAGGUAUAUUUUUCACAGCCACAGGACUGCAGAUAUGUUGUCUGAAAGUCAUUUCCCCCUGCACUGUGCUAUUCAAAUUAUGCCUGAGAUACAUUUCCUCAGGUCUACUUGUAUCACAGUUUUAUCACUACAAAGGAUCGUAAGGAUAUUAAAAGGAUUUAUAGCAAUUGUUUGUUAUAAGAAUGCAGGCAACUUAGAAGGAAUAAUAGUGUUUCUUGAUCUGGACUUUCACUACAGUCGCUUCAUGUUAAUUUUCCUCCUAAGGUUCUCAUCACUUAGAGGUGUGUUUAAUUCUGCAGCAAAACUUUAAUAUCUGUUUUUACAACCAGUUUCCACACUGAGUGUGUUGCAAAAAA